AUGCUAUCCGGAAUCCAAAAUGUACGGCAAACAGCCAUCCAGCUGCUCAACUUCGGGCUGGUCCUGAGCACUGCAUUUAUGAUGUGGAAAGGUCUCUCUGUCCUUACAAACUCCCCAAGCCCCAUAGUAGUCGUCCUCAGUGGCUCCAUGGAGCCCGCUUUUCAGCGCGGAGAUCUCCUCUUCCUCCGGAAUACGCAACCGACGCUGAACGUUGGAGAGAUUGUGGUGUAUCAGGUCAAGGAUAAGGAUAUUCCGAUUGUGCAUCGGGUGGUGAGGCAGUUUGGGGAGGGAUCUGAAGCCAAACUCCUCACGAAAGGCGACAACAAUAUCGCGGAUGAUACGGAACUCUAUGCGCGCGGACAGGAUUACCUCGAUCGGGACGAUGUCGUGGGAAGCGUGUUUGGGUAUAUUCCGUUUGUGGGGUAUGUGACGAUUCUUCUGUCGGAGCAUCCGUGGUUGAAGACGGUGAUGUUGGGGGUUAUGGGGUUGUUGGUGCUUUUGCAAAGGGAGUAA